UGUAGACUUUUCAUGCCGUCUACUGAAAUCAUGAAACAUGUCGUACGAAGAGUGCUAGAAUAUAUUUUUGAAAACUGCACUGUAAUCGGUUACUGGGUGUAAAUUAUCAAAUCACUGCGUCAAAAUGUUUGUACAUUGAAGAAAAAGUUUUCAUUCAUGAACAAUUUGUUAUAUGUAUGAGGUCAAAAAUUUAAGCCCUAGUAAAAUGUGGACUAUCGGCAAUGGAAGUGAUAGAAGCACGCAUAAGCUGUGUUAUGAAAUUUUAUCCUUGCUUGUCCUUCCGUUGGUAUUUGUGUUAUUAUUGCUGUAUUGAACGAAUAGGUUGCACCAAAACAGGUCAUCUUGGAAAAGACAGUCGUUCUUGUUUGCGGUUGUUACAUAAAUAGUGCGUAAAAUUGUUGUAAGAAAGCGAUCCUGUUCUAUGAAGUAUGGACAAUGCCGAUGAAACGAAAAACCACGUGAAAAUGUCGUUAUCGUCAACGAUAUCUACAGACAGUGUGUCGCCUCGAAUUGCACGAAAGCAGAAACGACUUGGUCCAGCACCUAUUGCAUCGGUUGAGGAUACCAUGGCUGACGACAGAAAUAGAAUGGAAGCAACUGAUCAAUCCCAUAAAUCUCGUUGGCAUGGCACCAAGCAGUGUGAAUCUCCGAAUAAACAAUCACCUCCAAAUACGGCUGGCAACACAGAUGCAUUGGCACCCUCGACGCCCCGAAUAGAUAUAAGUAGAGCAUCGUCUCGUUCAUCUCAUCAUGAUAGUAGAGACAGCAGUCCGGAAAAUGUUUUUGAACAGGUCGGCACUGGUACUUUACAGGAUUCCGGCGUAUUAGGAUAUAGAGAGGAGGGUGCAAUGGAUUUACGUAGUUCUACUGAAGAAUUACAAUUUUUGGAACCUGGAAAGAGGAUCACAGAAAAAGAAAUGCCACAGGCACCGAGAUGUUCACCUGUCGUAUUGAAGCUUGACGAUCAACAACAAGUGUAUACCUACCACCAACGCAAAGAUUCCGCCAGUUCUGAGGUCGCUUCAUUUUUGUGUAUAUCCGGUCGAACAAGUCGUAUAUCUAGCGUUGGUAGCCAAGGGUCAGCGAACAGCAAGUUGUCAGCAAUAUCGGGAAUCUCUCGGUCACCAUCGCCUCACCGGAUGCUACUUGAAACAUCUUUUUGUGGCCCCAAACCAUUACAAGGAAUUACUGAUGGUAGUAUCCCAAGUAGCAUUGAACCGUCUACUGCUAAAAUGCUGGAACAAGUAAUUUUAUCCCGAAAAAGGGACCCUACAGAGGCGGUUUUGGCUGAGGGCGUAAAUGUAGACGUUGCGUUUUCUGUUAAUAAUGUAGCAAAAAGCAAUACUAUACAAGAAACUGAAAUAUAUAGACGAAAAUCAGAUAGCAAUGCCAAUAUUAGUCGAAAGGAAGAGAUGGUUGAACAAAUCCAGACUAGUAGGAGUAUUUCAAACAAACGAUAUUUUCCACCGAAAGAUUUAUGUAGGCCGAUAAUUGGAGUGAUGCCAAGUGGAACCGAAUACAUUCGGAUAAAACUGAAGCCAGAUCACUGCUACAGCGAUAAUGGAAUAGCUGAUAACGAAAGAAUAUUGGAUGAAGACCAGGGAAAACCAAAUUAUCUAAAACUGGAAAAUGCUUGCGAACGAGGAGUUCAACGCGAAGAACCUAGUGUAAGUCCAAAAUCAAUUCAUCAAGCUAAAAUAUUGCGCGAGAAUGGUAGUCGUUCUCCAUCACCCGCUAAUACUAUCCUUUCGAGAAAAAGUUCUCUCUGUUCUAUUUUGAAGUUGAGGGACUCAACCAGCCCAGAUUCACCUGGUACAGGACCCAUAAGAAAAAAGAGUGCCACUGUUACCAUGCAUGAAUUUAGGGGCAGAUCUCGCAGUAAAAGUAGAGAGAGGGAUCAUGUUUCAUUGAGUAAUACUCCAAACAAACAAAAAUCUGUAUUAGCAAUAUUUAAACCUAAGAAAAAUGGGGAAAAAUCGAAAUCACCGUCACCAGUCGAUUCAAAUCCACAUGGCCCAUUGCAUAACAUCUCCAACGUUGAGUUUAGAUUCAAUAACGAACAGCAGUCGUCCAUAAAUUCUCGACCUAACUUAAAGUAUUAUGAUACUCCAUUAGAUGGCAAAAGCAUUCAUAUUCCUCUGCAUACGCCACCAGAAGAAAAGCAAUUAAAGUCUGUUUUUGUUAAUUCAGCGCCCAAAUUGAUCUCUCAAUCAAAAGUUCCUGAGAAAGUGUCUCCUUCUACCCAAUCGAUGAAAUUGAUCAAUAAUUGCAUCGUCACAUUACAUAACAGACCAAACCCUAUGCCACCGCUCAAGUGUUAUCGUAUAGAAAAUGCCGAUGGAAGUAUUACAAUCCCGUUGAAAUCACCAAUAGAAGAAAAAGAACAGGAUAGCUUGUGGAGUAUGGAGGUACAGCGCAAUAGUUCGCAGGACAGUCAUGAUGCAAUCACAUCUUCAAUGAUCAUCCAAAACGGUAAUGUGAACAGUAUUACGGAUGCUGUUCCCAUGAAUACUAUGAAGAACGGCGUAGUUGCUCCGAACACAAGUGAUAAUGGCUCAAAUUCCUCCACAGUGUAUUCGAACACGAAUAAUGAAAUCGUUCCACAGUGUGUAAUAGCGAACAUGUCUGCGAAAGAAAAGAAAAGACUAUUAUUCUCGACAAAGAUGGGUAUUGGCAGUGAAGAACAAGUGUUUACCACCCAGUUCAGCAUCUCUAAAACAGAAAGCCAAUGUAGUCAGCUUUCAGAAACCAUGAUAAACGAACAGUGUAAUGUAGAUACUGCCGAUAUAAAAGAUCAAACGAAAUCUGAUGCAUCCCACAUAGUAUUCCGUAAUAAACAAAUUGAUACUAUCAGAAGACGGAACCAAAAAGAACGAUUCAGCCGAUCUGAUAGCACCUCAGGUGACGUCAUAGAUUCUUUUAGACAUUCACGUUAUAUAGGCGAUUCAGAACAAAUUAUCGGCAUUCAACAAAAAAUGGAAAUUAAAAAACAUAAAAAUGAACCAAAUACGUCAGUUAGCGAUGACUCUUCCGUAUCUCAGGAUACUAGCAGAGAUGAAUGUACCGUAAAAAUGUCAUCUGCUACUCCAAAUGUGCUAAAUAUUCCCGAACAAAGGUCAUCAGUAACUCACGACGAACAAGCUCUAUCCUCAGAGAGCGAAAAAGAUUCUGAAAUGGACUCAACUAUUACAUGUACAAAUGCGCACUCAAAUAUGUUAGUAAUCGAAGAUCACGAAAGUGCCGGGCUGGUUCUGCAAGAAUCGUUCGAUGAUGAGUUACCAUACAUUCCGACAACACUUCCAGAGGAACGAUCAGUGGGUGUGAAAUUAGUACCAAUGAAAGAACGAGCGCAAAUGGAAAUGAAAACUUGCCCUUUAGAGAGACCUAGAUCCACAACGCCGAUUCAUCCGGCCUCAUUGGAAAAUUUCUGCGGUAUCACAAACACAACCGAUGAUCCAGAGGGAACAUUGGUUCGUGGUGAAAAACUUAGAAUAAGUUUGCCUAAAAAGCAUGAUGUAGUAUUGGACAGACCACAAAAGAUACGAUCACCUCGGAAAACUUCAAUAUCAUCUGGUAAAAAUUGGUUUGAAUUUGGCGAACAAAGUAUGAGCUGUAAUAAUCAAACUGUGUCGAAUAGUAAUGAAGACGACACGGCAAAGGGUACACGGUGUAGUGCCGAAGAACCACCUCCAUUGCCACCUCGUAAAACCGCAACUAGCCAACAAUGGAUAGACUUUGAAAGUAUUCCAGAGAAAAGAAAAUUACCAAAACGAAUAACAAUACACCAUCAAAAGGAACAGUCAAUGGAAAAGUCCUCAGGAGUUCUCUACAACUAUGUAAAACCUGAAGAAUGUCAGUGUGAGUGCCAUGAAAUUGAACGUGAUAGCAGCAGACAGCCACUACUACAACAAGACGACACCAACAAGAGAUGUGAUGAUGUCGAGUCUAUUUCGUCAAAUCAAGAUCAAGGAGCAGGUUCGGGCGUUGGUCAUCGAGCUCUGUAAUGAAUCCGACAAUGAGUAUUCUAGAGAAGGAAGUUGUUCAUAUCUACAGACUACUUCAACAUACAUUUAAACAAACGCGGCUUUUUCUUCACCAUUGAGUCUCUAACAGUUGGUAUAUUGUUGUAUGUAUGCUAAUAUUAGCUAAAUAUUAGAAAUAUUAGCUCAAAGUAGUUCUUUAGAAUACAUUGAAUCUAUGUUUCCAAUCGACUGACGAAAUAAAUUUAAAUCAGCUCCAAUAAUGUAUGUUAUAAACACAUUUCAAGGCUUCUAUUUCCGUGUAACAAUAUGCAUGAUAGAUUAAAGAAUGAGUUAAAACAAUUCAAGCGAUGGAAGAGUAUAUUGCAAAUCGUAAUCGUAACGAAGUAAUGAUUAUGUAAUAUAUAGAUUUGGAAGCAAAUAUAAAAUUGUUUAUUUUGGCGGAAUCUUGUUCAGCUUUCAGCUUUGUUCAGUUUGUAUCAAAACAUCUUUCGUGGAUUUGUCGUUGAUAAAUAAACAUGUACCCUGUUACCCAA